AUUAACUGACUGAUUUCUUAUUAUAAAGGUUAAGUAUGUGAAACGAAGUUGUAAUAUGUCCGCCACGAGAUGUGGUUUAACGGAACCGACGCACAGCUCUUUUACCGGCGCGCAUCACCACGUCAGGUAGCCGCUAGCGUCAGCAUGCUAACGAUUCAUGCUACAGUCUGUGGUUUCAUGCUGCACCACAGAAAGCUAUGUCCCUCUCGCAGAUUUACUUCUCACAUUAUGGUGUGUCUGUGAUGUUGUCGCGGGAGAUGUUGCGCACAUCAUUUCCACAACUUAUUCUACUUCACCCGCGCGCUUGUGUUCAGGGUUACAGAAGCUAAACCCCAUUAGCCCCGUCAUAGCAGUAAGGUGCAGAUUCAGAAGCAGCUCCUGUGUUCAGUGACGUUAAAUCACUGUUUUUAUCAAUGGAUUCUGGCUUUGAAGAGAGCGACACAACAGCUCCAGUUAACUGUUGGAAGUUGCUGUCUGGCUGUAAGACUGAUCAACCCCAGAGUGGCAGUGUGAGCCAGUGAGUCUGCAGACCAACAAAGACAACAUGGAGGCUACAACAGGAGCACAAACAUGGUUAUCGAUUUAGCUGAGCUGAUGAGCCUUGUUAAAAUGUGUGAUCAGAAAAAUGGCAGUGACCGCAGCGAGAAGAUAAACAACAAUGAUGAUGUAGACGAGCUGUCAGCCAGUGAUGAAUCAGAGCCUGAGGAGGGACUCCUCACUGCUCCCUUUGACCCAGAGCUGGAUGAUGAUGACGAUGAUGGCGAGGAGGUUCAGAUCUCUGCUCCAGCUGUUGGACUUGGAGCUCUGAGUGCCUUCAGUCUGAAAGGAGGGAGCUCUGCUUUCUCAGACCGCAGCCACAGCAUCUUUGAAUGCCUGGACAGUGUUUCCCGGCUGGCCUCCUCCUCCGCUCUGAGCCAGGAGAAAGCUACAGAUGGGGUGUUUGCUCGGCCUCUUCCUCCACCUCCCAGCAGGAAGACGAGCCAUCCUCCGCCCAGCAGCCCCACACCAGCAAAGAAGAGAGGAGUCCCGGACUACCUGGUGCAUCCUGAGCGCUGGACCCACUACAGUCUGGAAGAUGUGGAAGAGACCAGCGAUCAGGGCAACAGCAGGGCGGCUCACCACUUCCUGUCCAGUCUGCAGCAGAGGAAGGAGCCGCAGGAGAGCAGGAGUGAUUCCUCCUGUGACAUUGAGCAGAAGAUGAUCUUCUCCAAACCCAGCAGGCUGCUGAAGGGACAACCUGCUGAUCAGCCGUCUGCUGUCAGAGGCAAAGAGAAGGAAACACGCCUCAGUCAUCUGGAGGAGGAGGAUGAAAGGGAGGUGGGCAGGGAGAAAGAGAAGGCUGGAGAAAGGAGGACAGACCAGAAUGUAGAAAAGGCUGAGGACAGAGCAAGAGAUGCGGACAAAGACAUGAGGGGAGAUGUGGGUCAACCAGAGGACGAGAAACGAAUGCAGAGAGAGAAAGAUGAGGAGGAGGCGGAGAAGAUAGAAGAGCUCAACCCCACGUUUACCUCCUUCAAGAAGAGCAAGCGUAAGAACUACAGGAAGAGCACAGGGCAGGAGGACAACUGAUCAGCUCUCAAACACCUCAUCUGGUCUCAGACACCAGACGAGUAACUCAGCAGCAGGCUCAGAGUCUGUUUGCUUCCCUCUCUAGUACAAAGUUGCCUGUGUCACCUCCAACCCACACCCAGCUCCCCCAGAAACAUUUAAAAAAGUCAGCUGGAGGAGUGUUUUCCCCCUACUCAUGGAGCUAACGUUAGCUUCACUGGCUAGCUGCAGUGUCAGUUUUCAUUUGCAGCAUCAACAGUCGUCAGUGAGAAGUGAAAAGUUGGUCCUGUGUGAAAUCAGAGACGCACUGUUGAAAAUAAUGUUACAUUUUGAUGGUAAAUCUGCUGUUGUGAUUGUAAACUGUAAAUGUGCUGAAAAUUAAAGAUUACGGGUUAGCAACAGUAAGUGAGGGGCGAGGCUUAGGGAUCGUCAGUGUCAUCCAAAUCAACCUGAAAGAUAGAUGUGAAAAUGUUUUUAGAUUUUGAAUAAAAGACAACAUGAGGACAGUGAGUGUCACAUCCUGUUUACCCUCAGCUGUUCACACUGGGGAGGGAAAUUAGAACCAGUGUGGGAAUUUGAACCUGUCGCUAUUUCUCCUUAUUUCAUUUUUCUUGUUUUAGUUUAGAUCUAGCAGGUGAACGUUUUGUGCAAACUGAAAAUAAUAACUGUCCUCACCACCAUCUUGAAGGAGUUUUCUUAAAAAUAAACAAAAGUUGUUUAUAUUCAGUGUUUGUCAUUAAAGCGCACUGUGUGAAUCAUCAA